ACGCUGGACGUAGACGUCCUACGCCGUGAUAUUAAAGCAAGAUGGCCGCGCCCUGCAGAUUGUCUCUUGUUGCGUAAGUUUUUUUGACCGUCACUCGUGUCAGCUUCAAAGUCAGAUAGAUUUUUCUCCCAGCAUGUUCUACUUCCGAGGCUGUGGCCGUUGGGUCGCGGCUUCCUUCACCAAGCAGCAAUUUCCGUUGGCACGGUUGAGCAGUGACAGCGCGGCGCCCCGGACUCCGCACUUCGACGUGAUAGUCAUUGGUGGAGGACAUGCCGGGACUGAGGCAGCCACCGCCGCCGCUCGGUGCGGCUCUCGGACUCUGCUCCUCACUCACCGCGUGGACACGAUCGGUCAGAUGUCAUGUAAUCCUUCCUUUGGCGGCAUCGGAAAGGGACAUUUAAUGAGGGAAGUAGAUGCCUUGGAUGGCCUGUGUUCUCGCAUCUGUGACCAGUCUGGUGUACAUUAUAAAGUAUUAAACCGGCGUAAGGGACCAGCUGUGUGGGGUCUGAGAGCUCAGAUUGAUAGGAAACUCUAUAAACAGAACAUGCAGAAAGAAAUCUUGAAUACACCACUGCUUACUGUUCAGGAGGGAGCUGUAGAAGAUCUUAUUCUUACAGAACCAGAGCCUGAACACACUGGGAAAUGCCGUGUCAGUGGGGUUGUUUUGGUGGAUGGAAGCACAGUAUAUGCAGAGAGUGUGAUUCUGACUACUGGGACAUUUCUGAGAGGCAUGAUUGUAAUUGGAUUGGAGACACAUCCAGCAGGACGUUUAGGGGAUCAGCCUUCUAUAGGAUUGGCUCAGACACUGGAGAAGUUAGGGUUUGUGGUGGGAAGGUUGAAGACUGGGACUCCACCCCGAAUUGCCAAAGAGUCCAUUAAUUUCAGUAUUCUAAACAAGCAUAUACCGGACAAUCCAUCCGUACCAUUCAGCUUUACCAAUGAGACAGUAUGGAUUAAGCCAGAAGAUCAGCUGCCAUGUUACUUGACUCACACCAACCCUAGAGUGGAUGAGAUUGUCCUUAAGAACCUUCACCUUAAUAGUCAUGUUAAAGAAACGACAAGAGGACCUCGAUACUGUCCCUCCAUUGAAUCAAAAGUUUUGCGUUUUCCAAACCGUCUACAUCAGGUUUGGUUGGAACCUGAAGGAAUGGAUUCUGACCUUAUCUACCCACAGGGGUUAUCUAUGACGCUACCAGCUGAGUUACAAGAGAAAAUGAUCACAUGCAUCCGAGGCUUGGAGAAAGCUAAAGUGAUUCAGCCAGGCUACGGUGUUCAGUAUGAUUACUUAGAUCCCCGUCAGAUCACUCCUUCCCUGGAGACUCAUUUGGUUCAACGACUCUUCUUUGCUGGACAGAUCAAUGGCACCACUGGUUAUGAGGAAGCUGCAGCUCAAACAGAGUGUUGCUCUGUUGCCAGGCUGGAGUGCAGUGAUAUGAUCUCCCAGGUUCAAGCGAUCCUCCUGCCUCAGCCCUCCCUAAUAGCUGGGACUGCAGGCAUGCACCACAACACCCAGGGUGUGAUAGCUGGAAUCAACGCCAGUCUUCGGGUCAGUCGCAAGCCUCCCUUUGUGGUUAGCCGAACAGAAGGUUACAUAGGAGUCUUGAUUGAUGACCUCACUACUCUGGGCACCAGUGAACCAUACCGCAUGUUUACCAGCCGAGUAGAGUUCCGUUUGUCACUGCGCCCUGAUAAUGCUGACAGCCGGCUCACACUGCGAGGGUAUAAAGACGCUGGCUGUGUGUCCCAACAACGAUAUGAAAGAGCUUGUUGGAUGAAGUCUUCUUUAGAAGAAGGCAUUUCUGUGUUGAAAUCUAUUGAGUUUUUGAGCUCUAAAUGGAAAAAAUUAAUCCCAGAGGCUUCUAUAAGUACUAGUAGAAGUUUGCCUGUCAGAGCUCUCGAUGUUCUGAAGUAUGAGGAAGUUGACAUGGAUUCAUUAGCCAAGGCUGUUCCAGAGCCCUUGAAGAAGUAUACUAAAUGUAGAGAGCUGGCUGAAAGACUGAAAAUAGAAGCCACUUAUGAAUCAGUGUUGUUCCAUCAACUACAAGAAAUAAAGGGAGUUCAGCAAGAUGAAGCUCUCCAACUGCCAAAAGACCUAGAUUAUUUGACUAUCAGGGAUGUGUCUUUGUCCCAUGAAGUUCGAGAGAAACUACAUUUUAGUCGUCCACAGACGAUCGGGGCUGCUAGUCGCAUACCCGGAGUAACACCUGCUGCCAUCAUCAAUCUGCUGAGAUUUGUGAAGACCACUCAACGAAGACAAGCGGCUAUGAAUGAAUCAUCCAAGACUGAUAAAUACUUAUGUGAUGCAGACAGACUUCAAGAGAGAGAGUUAUAGCUUUCAAUUCAUAAAAGAUUUUUAAAGAGCAUAUAAAUAAUUUGAUCAAUACAACAGUAUAGAUAAAAGAAUUAUUUAGCACAUGUUAAAAUAGCUUUAUUAGGUUACUAUGGGUUUGCCAUUAAUUUCUGAGUGGGACAGAAAUUAUAAUUGUGCUUUUUCGUGUAUAUGAAAAAACUAGUCGUAAACAAUUUGUACUCUUUCUUUAAGGAGCUGUAAUACAAAUAACUUUGUGCAGUGUUCAUCAAAGAGAGAGACAGUGAACCUAAAACUGAACCUGGAAUAAAACUCAACAUGCAGAUUUGCCUACUCAUAGGGACUUUGCCUAUUAAGUCUACCAAAUUAAAAGUCUUAUCAUUCA